AAGGCGGCCGUAUGGCUGACUACUCAUCUUUCGGCACUAGGAUGAGAUCGACGCUAGCUCUUCAAGAAACCCACUGACCCCAAUAGGAGUAACAGUGCCAUAUAAAUCAUACACACCUAGAUGAUGUGAAAGACUUACGAAGACGUGUUGAUCGUGGCUGAUCCUGUUCCCGCCAACUAUACCAGCACUCCCACGUCAUAUAACUUGCCAGUAGAACUCUAAAGAUAUAACACCUGUAAUGGAAAUCACUGCAAAGCACGCACAAGCCGAAGAAAACCCGAUGCAGAAGACUUUCAUAAACCUAUCGGUGUCUGACGGACGUGGAGAAUUGAAAUUCAUAUGUUGCGACUCACACGAAGAAUAGAAGUCAUGACAAUAUUCCCAUACGCCACAUGAUACGCGUUCGCACCGAGCUGACACACGGACAUGCGCAGUACAAUGACCGCCAGGGAUGAUCCUUGUUCAAAGUCAUCGAGCAAAUGAUUCAAAGGCCGUUUCAGCUAUUGAAGAGACGGUAGAUGGCAUAUUGAAGUAAGUGUACAAGCAAAGUUCAGGUAUAAUAUAGGGCGCAUUGUGCAGAUAGCCCACAUCCGUUUUGCAGCCAAUACUGAAGAUUUGUUGACUUCAGCAGAGUUUAGAGUGAAGAAUGUACAGUAGCUUUUACAGUCGAGUCAAUGGAGAAAGGAGAGGUUUGGGUCAAGGGCCUAUGACGCUUUCGGCAAAAGCCUAGGAUCAAUGCUUACCUAAUCGCCCGAAUAGAACUAACAAUCUUGGCCUUACAUCUCAGUUUGCUCUUUGCACCGUACACUGAUCUCUUUCUUCCUCUAUCAUCUCUUCUUCUCUUUCCUUCAUCCUCCUAUCCUAGAAAACAGUCAUGGCUGACCAAACUACGAUCCCGACAUUUAAGCUUGUUCUCGUCGGUGAUGGAGGAACUGGCAAGACCACCUUCGUCAAGCGCCAUUUGACCGGUGAAUUCGAGAAGAAAUACAUUGCCACAUUGGGUGUCGAAGUUCACCCUCUGUCGUUCUCGACCAAUUUCGGUACCAUCUGCUUCAACGUCUGGGAUACGGCCGGACAGGAGAAAUUCGGUGGUCUCCGGGAUGGUUACUACAUUCAGGGUCAAUGCGGUAUCAUCAUGUUUGAUGUCACCUCCCGUAUCACCUACAAGAACGUUCCCAACUGGCAUCGUGACCUUGAACGUGUUUGCGAGAACAUCCCAAUUGUUCUCUGCGGUAACAAGGUUGAUGUCAAGGAGCGAAAAGUAAAGACUGGCCAAGUCACCUUCCACCGAAAGAAGAACAUUCAGUACUUCGAGAUCUCUGCCAAGUCCAACUACAACUUUGAGAAGCCAUUCCUGUGGCUCGCAAGGAAAUUGGUCGGCAACCCUUCACUCGAAUUCGUUGCUGCUCCCGCUCUCGCGCCCGCUGAGGUCCAGGUAGAUGCCGCUCUCAUGGCGCAAUACCAGAAGGAGUUGGCACAGGCCGAGGCUGUUCCUCUCCCUGAAGAAGACGACGAUCUGUGAUUGCACAUCGCACCACCUGCACUUUCUUCCUUCUUCUUGCAUCCAUACAUACAUACAUUCCUCGUGGUGCCAUACUGUUUCGAAUAAAGCUUUCCAGUGAAUUGUACCACC